UUCAUUCGCAAGCGAGGUAGAGGAAGAUAGUAAUCUGUGCUUUCAAUCAAUGGCCGUAUUUUCCGAGAGCAAGCUGUCAAUAAAAUAUGUAAUUUGUUGUAUCAAAACAAUAGAAUAAAAUGCAUUUAUACAAGAAUGUGUUAAUGGAUACUUUAUAUCGCCGUAAAUGGUUCAUCAUCUUCAUACUGUCGGUUUACCGGAGAUUGGACCCCGUGGAAGGUUUGAAAUGUUACUGCAACAGUCAGAGCGAGAGUUGUCCCAACGAGACGUGUGAGACGGACGGGUUCUGCUUCGCGUCGACCUCUCGGCGCGACGGGCGCCAGCAUUACACCUUCCACUGCAUCGAGCGUAGGUCUCUGAUCCCCAUCGAGCACCCCUUCACGUGCUCUACGACGCGCUCUAAGAAUGAGUCAGUGGUGAUCGAGUGUUGCGACAAUGAGGACAUGUGCAACCGCAAGCUGCGGCUGGAGCUGCCGCCGCCCGAGCCAGAGUCGAGCCCGUCAGCGGGCACAUGGCACGUCAUCCCGUGGGUGAUGGGCCUGGCGGUCCUAUUCACUUGCGCGGCGCUCAGCCUGUGGUGGGCCAAGCGCUCGCGCAACCUGAUGAAGCGAGGCUCAAGACCGCUGUUCUCCGGGGAGGAUUCCAUGUGUGAGACGCGACACCCCAUCAUGGGCACGGCUACGAUCCGGGAUAUGAUUGAGUUGACUACCUCGGGGUCUGGCUCUGGGCUACCACUUCUGGUGCAGCGUUCGAUCGCGCGUCAGAUCCAGCUAGCAGACAUCAUCGGCAAGGGUCGCUUCGGCGAGGUCUGGCGCGGCCGCUGGCGAGGCGAGAAUGUCGCCGUCAAGAUAUUCUCGUCCAGGGAAGAAUGCUCGUGGUUCCGUGAGGCCGAGAUCUACCAGACCGUCAUGCUGCGCCACGAGAAUAUUCUCGGGUUUAUUGCUGCUGAUAAUAAAGACAACGGCACAUGGACGCAGCUGUGGCUGAUCACAGACUACCACGAGAACGGCUCAUUAUUCGACUUCCUGACGGCUCGGACCAUAGACACGAACACUCUCAUCAAAAUGGCGCUCUCCAUCGCGACGGGCCUCGCGCAUUUGCACAUGGAUAUUGUUGGCACUAAGGGCAAGCCGGCCAUAGCGCACCGCGACCUCAAGUCCAAGAACAUCCUGGUGAAGAGCAACCUGAGCUGCGUGAUCGGCGACCUCGGGCUGGCGGUGCGGCACAACGUGGCCGCGGACGCCGUCGACGUGCCCUCCACCAACCGCGUGGGAACCAAGCGGUACAUGGCGCCGGAGGUGCUAGACGAGACAAUGGACACGCGUCAAUUCGACCCGUACAAGCGGUCAGACGUGUACUCCUUCGGCCUAGUCCUCUGGGAGACAGCCAGGCGUUGUGGCGCCUUACCUGAUGAAUACCAGCCGCCCUACUACGACUGCGUGCCGUCAGACCCUGCGCUUGAGGAUAUGAGGCGCGCCGUGUGUGUGGAGAGGCGACGGCCGAAUGUGCCUAAUCGGUGGCACUCGGAUCCUGUCCUGUCAGCGAUAUCGAAGGUGAUGAAGGAGUGCUGGUACCAGAACCCGGCGGCGCGGCUGACGGCUCUGCGCAUCAAGAAGACGCUAGCCAACAUCGCCGAGGGGGAGCAAGUGGUGCUCAAGAUGUAGGCCGGAUCUUGCCACCAUCAGGAACGGGCCGACACUUAGUGAAGGACACGAAUUAUUCGAUAUUUUCCGCCAGUUCGACUUGAUACUUUUUCGUCUAAAAGAGUCAGUGAGAAAUGCUAGAAAUACAUAUUAAAUAGGGUUUGUGAAAAUGGUAAGAGGAUUGGGCAUAGCCAGUCAAAUUAGUUGUCCCUGGCUGCUUAGGGUGCGUCUUUCGUGCAUUCUUUAGAUUUACACGAUAAGCGUAUUCUCGGUUCUAGCCCUCUGUGAAAGUGCUAGGGCGUGUUUACACAUUACUAUUAGCAUCUGAAGUCAUUCGGUCCGUGCGUACUCUUAUCGUGUAAACCGUGCUUUCGGGACGGUAUAAUAUUCGGCGGAUGCUAGCUAUUUAAUUGAUAACUAAUGUUUGUAUUCUAGGAAUGCCUGAUCAUGAGGUCAAGUUGGUAAAAUGUCAUCGUUACAGAGUAGCAUGCGUAAUAUUUUCCUCAGCUUGUAGUACGCAAGCGACGAAUAAGUUAGGUUGUUUACGGAAUGGUCAGAUCCCAAAAUCCGAUUUAGUAUUAAUACUAUUUUAUCCUCCCCGCACUGUCUUUACAGCUACAGAUCGCUAUAUUGCGCUGUGGCCAACAUCAGUUCAUUUCAAACACCGACACCUAACUUCUAAUUGAAUGUAUUGGCUGUUUUAGCCAUUCAUAAAAGACCCUCCUGAUGGCACCUUCCAAAAGUUUUUUUGUCGAUGGUACAAAUUUUUAAUGGUCAAUGGUAAUUGGUCCAUUGUAAUAAUUCGUGUCGCAAUAAACUGUUUAUCGAUCGAGUCGGAGAUCAGGGCCUUCUUAUUAUACUGCCCGCUUUUAGACAUUUAUUCAGUAAAAUCUUUAUUGUAGUUUUGACGCCAUUUUAUACAGAUACCGUGCCAGCCAAGUAUCAGUAUGAGAAGUUCCUAUAUGUACCGCAAAUAUAUUCGUAAACUAAUAUUGAUCUCACUCAAUAUUCUUGUGGUAGAGUACCGAUGUGCUAAUUUAACUGUUGCAAAGAUUGUUGUUGGACAGCCAUUUUGUCUCAAACAACUUGAAUCUUGGAUCAUAGGCCGUAUACAGAAAGAAAGCUGGAAACUUAGAAGCGCUUUCUUUACUAUGUAAUAAAAAGUAAGCGCUUGUAAGUUUUCAGCUUUCUUUCUGUAUACGGCUAUAGAAUGUACGGGAAAUGGAAUACAUUCUCUUUGUAUAUGAAUAGUAUUUAAUUUACCAUAUUGGUACGAUGGAAUCAGUUGCAUAAUGGAAAAGAAAACUCUUUGGGAUAUAUUUUGGAUACAUUUUAUUUUGUAUGUUAGUAAAUAACAAUUCGGCAAUCAGCAAUACCUAUAACACACUGCCAUAAUUCCGGAGCCAAGCCUAUGCAAUAGUCCGCCGUGUAAUAUCCGCGCCUCCCACUCAACGACUUGGUAUAGGUUCACAGUUUUUAAUUCUCUUAUAGUGUGUGAUACUGUUUUCGUUACCGGAACACAAAAUUAACGAGCAAUAAUUUGUUAGUUUGUGUGAAACUAUAUUUUCUGUGAUAUGUAUCGAGAUCGCAGCCAUUACGAUAAGUUUUUCUUUUGCGGUCGCUAGUUUCUUCCGAGUACCCGUGUAGGAUAUUCAAAGAUUGUUGUACAUGUUGUUUUUUUGGUUUAUUUUUUCCCUAGAUUUUAUACAAGCCUAUUGGGACCGGUUCCGGCGAGUAAUGGGCGUGAUUUUCAAUGCGUUUAGCUAUUCUUUCUCUUCUAAGGCAUCAUGAUAUUUUAUGAUUAAAUAUUUAUUUUUCCUUCAAUGGUUGAAGAUCUGAAAAUUACUCCCCGGCCGCCUUUUAUUAUUACUAUAAUUACUAGUCUCGUUUUAGGAACAUGAGUGACGGUGGGUGUUUAUGAAUUUAAGAAAGUGAUACAUUUUCAUACGUAUAAUAUUGUGUAGGUGAAGCGAGGCAGGCCGCUCGGCCGACCGGGCCGAGAAGGGUAGCUUCCUAAAAUGAGAGUUCUGUACCUUUGUAUUGUUAAUUAAAAUAGUGUAUCUGAUACGAGGAUGCAUAGAUGUAAUAGGUGUAAGAGGAGGAGCCGGCCGGUGAGCACUUGUUGUUGGAUUCUAUCUGCUAAGGGAUUAGACGAUAAAAGUGAAUGUUUGUUAUGCUCACCUGAGACCGGAGCCGCCGCUAAAGUAGUUUAGCAUGUAAGAAUUAAAAUUAAAAAACUAAUUGGUAUUUUGCACGUAUUUUCAUACUUAUUCCAAAUUAUUAUCUUUGGAUGUUUAUAAUAUUAAUUAAAUGAUCUAAUGUUCGGGAAUGAUACCACCAAUUCAAAAUUUACCAGUAGUUUUUUUCGUGACCUCUAAUCUAUCAGAUAAGUAUAGACCUAUGUAUUCUAAAUUUGACUAACAUGAUAAAUGUUUUUUGUGUAUUUGUUCUAAUGUAAUAAAGGAGAUUUUUGUUUGGUGGUAUCGUUCGAAACUAUGUGAACAUGUAGCUUGGAAGGUAGUCUGUAUAGGCACUCCCUAUGUUUCAUAAGACUCUAACGACUUUAAACAUAAGUGCAGUUUUCAUACAGUUGUGGAUAUAAAAAAACUAUUUAUGUUAAGAUUGAUUAAUUUAUAUUUGCCGGUGUUAUACUUGCAGAAUGUGUCCAGCCAUUGGACAAAAAGUUUUAUUUUUAAUGUUGACUUUCUAAUAUGUAUUGUAACAGUUUUGUUUACUGAUGUAUCAUGAUCAAUUCAAGAGACUAAAGUUUGCAGAGACUGAUAGUAUUCUGUCCACCCCUGGUAACUAUCACCUACCAAUUACAUUUUGACUGGAUUUAAUUUAUUAGGUAAUAUAACAUUUACUAUGAAUUUACAAGCCUUUAUGAUACGUCUACUACGAGGAGCAGGACUCAAAUUCAACCCCUCGGGAAUUGAAUUUCAGCUUGUCCAGUGUAGACUCACCUUAACACAUAAUCAAACUGAAAACAUUUAAAACAAUAGUUUCUAGGCGAUUCACUGCUAGUAUCAACAGAAAGCCUUAUAUUUAUAUUUAUCAGACAAUUUAAUGUCAAUUUUGCAGAAGUUGAAGGAACAAAGCACCUGAUUAUAUCAUAGAUAGAUUUCAUAACUAAGUUAUUGAGAUAACUCCACACCAUCACUGCUACAACUGGCAUUUCAUCCCUUUUGGUACUGUGUAAUAAUCCCCGUCCUGUAUUGUUAAUUUAAAAUGCUGGUUUGUACUUUGAGGCUUUUAUUUAUUUUAUUUUGAAACUGUAGCUCUUAAUCAGGAAGGUUUCAUUAAUUAAAUAAGUCAUUAUGUUAACUGUCUGUAAAUUUGAUUGUCAAGUUCAAAAUUUAAUUAGAAAUAGA